ACUCGUGGAGUCAUUAUCGCCUGUAGCAGGAGAAGCCGCAGCAGUAGCAGCCACUGCUACCAACCUCUCCUUCCGUGGUCAUUAGAAGACUAUCAGGCUUAUAAAAAGGCACCAUAUCGCUCGGAACCGGUUCAGUAGUCAAGCCAAGAUGCUUGUAACAACAAGUACGCUCCUCUGGGGCACUGCCGUAGCCCUGGUGCUCUAUCGAUUGUACUGCUCAGUGUUUAAACCCCGACCAUCCAAAUUUCCUCCUGGACCUCCGAAUCUACCGUUCCUGGAGGGAUACGGUGUGAUGCUACUGCUCAACUUCAAGCACAUGCACAAGGCUGCAACGGCACUCUGCAACUUCUAUCGCACCAAGUUACUGGGCCUCUCGCUGGUCGGCUAUUCAACGGUGGUCGUUAACGAUCUUCGCGUGGCGCGUGAAGUCCUAAACCGCAAAGAGUUCGACGGUCGACCUGAUCUCUUUUUGGCCCGACUUCGUGACCAGAGCUUUAAUCUGCGUGGCAUCUUCUUCACCGAUGGACCGAGCUGGAAGGAGCAACGCUGGUUCAUCCUGCGCUUUCUCCGCGACUACGGAUUCGGGCGCCGCUUUCCCGAACACGAGGCAGAAGUGAACAGUGAGCUGCUCAGCUUGAUCGAGAUGCUGAAGGGUGGACCAAAGUAUGAGCAUGAGAAAACCAUCUUCAAGGAUGGGUACGUCAAGUGUCCGAACGUUCUGUUUGCUACCUUUGCCAACGCGUUCCUGCAGAUAGUGACGGGUGACCGAUUCGCACGCGAGGAAUGCGGCAUCCUUUACGAAACGGGCAGCUCUGCGAUGGUUUUCCAACGGAAGGGCGACGACUAUGGUACCAUAUUGAGUUUCUACCCGUGGUUGCGCCAUGUGUAUCCGUUUUCCCGAAAAUACCACGCCUUACGCGAUUCCAGCAUGAAGGUUAAUGCCUUCAUAGAGUCGGUCAUCAACAAGUAUCGCGAAACGUACGAUGAAGCGCACGUUCGCUGCUUCCUCGAUCUGUACUUCCGCGAGAUGCAGAAGAAACAAGAAACGACUCUACCACCAAAGGAUGGGAAAGAGUUUUCCUUCCAACUCGACCAGCUGAUACUGGGGCUAGUGGACUUCUUCUUUCCAGCCAUCUCUGGAGCCACCACGCAGCUGGCGUUACUGCUGGAACGAUUACUCCUCAAUCCGCACGUGAUUACACGGAUGCAGCAGGAAAUCGAUCAAGUUGUAGGGCAGGGUCGGCUACCCACGCUGGAUGAUCGUCCCGAACUCGCCUACACGGAGGCUACGCUUCGGGAGGGAAUGCGCAUCGAUACGCUCGUGCCCUCGGGGAUCGCACACCGGACACAAACGGAUUCAACGCUACAAGGAUACGAGCUGGUCAAAGAUUCCAUCGUUAUCAUCGGUAUGGAUGCGAUGCACAAUCAGAAGGAAUACUGGGGCGAUCCGGAAACGUUCCGCCCUGAACGGUUUCUCGAUGAGAACGGUAAAUUGUGUCUAGCGAAAGACAUGUCUCUUCCGUUCGGUGCAGGCAAGCGGCUAUGUGCCGGGGAAACGUUCGCCCGAAACAACAUGUUUCUUACACUGGCCGCGCUCAUGCAAAACUUUAACAUUCGCCAGCCACCCUCCGAUCGGUUACCCGAUGUGUCGAAGCGUUUGACCGGAGUAAUCGUUACACCACGGGACUACUGGUUGCGGUUUGAACCGAGAUAGAGAUCUGUGAGCUACCAACCAUGCUGAGGUUGUUUAAAAACAAGCCAUUGUAAAAGGGACAUUCAUUAGGCAAAUUAGACACGUACCCAUAGCCAGAGCAACCUAAUGUCCAGGAGAGCCAUGGGGAUAAUAUAACAUUUCUCACUGGUAAUCAAUAAAUAAUUGCUUUAAUCUA